AUGUACUAUUCAGUAGUUGAUAAAGAUGAAUUUGAAAUGGCAAUGUUACCAAAAGAAGAACAUUUAACUCAUGAAUUUGGUCCCAACGAAGAGAUUCAUUCAUGGUAUUUUGCAAAUGCUGAACAAUUACAAGAAUCAAAAUUAUAUAAAGAAAUGGAAGAAGCAAAAGAAGAUUUUGAUAAUACAGUUAUACAUUUAAAUGAAACUGGUGAUACAUUAAUAUUGGCAGAUAUUAAUCCUGUUAAAUUUGUUGAAUUUGAAAUUGGAUCUGUAAAGGGAUAUAAACCAACAGAUUUUAUUGAUAUAGAUGAAAACAGUAAAGACGAAAAUUCAAAAAAAUUAUUAAAUCAAUCAUCAAAUGUUUUUCAAUUUGAUACAAUAUCAGAAUUUAUAAAAAAUAAAAGAGAAUUUCCAAAUUUAUCAAGAAAUUUAUUUUUAGUUGGACUUUAUAUGGAAUCAGGUAUGGAUGGUAUACAAGAUUUAUUAUUAACUGGAGAACUGAUUUUUAUAACUCCUAAAUAUAAUUCAAAUUUGAAUCCUGAUGUUUCAAUUGGAGAAGCUGAAGAGGAAGAAGUUGUAUUUGAAGCACAAGGUUUAUUAAAAUUAUUAAUUUUACCUAUAAUAAAAUUGAAAAGAUUAUUAUGGAUUAUAAAAGUUAAAACAAUAAUGAUAAUUAAAAAAAUUAUUGAAAUUACUAAAAGAAUUUUACAAAAGACUAAAAUGAUUAUUGUUAUAAUUAUUAUUAAAGUGAAAAUAAUAACUAUAAAAACAAUUUUAAUGAUAAAAUAUAAAUUAAAGAAACUAAAAAUGGCAACGAUAUUAGUGCUAAUGAUUCUAAAGGAGAAAAUUAAAUUUAAAAUUUUAAAGACGAAAUAUAUAAUUUUGAAAAUUAAAGAUAUAAUCAUGAUGAAGAUUGAAAUGUCUAUAUUGAAAGCUAAAAUGGCAAUUGAGAAAGCGAAAGAGAAAGGUAUGAAGGCUAAAGAGAAAAAACCAACAUUUGUGAAUGAUGGAGAAAGUGAUGAUGAUUGGUGA